CACAAAGUAAACCCAUAGCUCAUCGCAUCGCCGACUAGCGCUUUGGUGUAUCAAAAAUGGUGUCUAUUGUGGAUUGGUACUGUCUACAUGAGUGACGUGCUAAAAAUGGAUGCGGUCCAGAAAUUUUUGUGUCGAAAUGAAUCGUUGUGGGACACGAAUCGUCUGGUAAACAGCACGUGGCCCCAGCUGACCCAGUGUUUCCAGUGGACUGUGCUGCCACUGGUCCCGUGUGUCUGGGUCUGGCUGACCCUACCCGUACACGUCUGGUACAUCCGCCACCACCCCCCGGACUUCUUCAAGAUUGGAAACAGCAAAUUUAACAGUUUAAAAAUUGUUGUGUCUGUGCUGUUAGCUGUCCUGUCUAUCGCCAACGCUAUCGUCACUGCACUGUCUGACCAAGCCACGCUUCCCGCUAGGGCUGUCUAUGUGUCGAGUUCUCUGACAGCGGUCUCUUAUUCACUGGUGGCCUAUUUGACCAGAAGUUCCAGGAAAGCUGGCCUGACCUCCCCUUGCCUUUUGUUUAUAUUUUGGUUGCUGAGUUCUGUCUGUCACGUGGUACCUGUUUACAGUUUUCUGGUGCUAAAAAUCUACAGCCAAGAAAAUAUUCAGUUUGAUAUUCUCAGCGUGGCAUAUGGGCUGGUUUUAAUUCAGUUUCUAAUGAGUUUUAAAUCAGAAUCCCUGACACACAAAUAUCCACUUGAUAACUCCACAAAGAAAACAUGUCCUGAACUCACAGCAUCAUUCCCGUCAAAGUUGACAUUCCACUGGAUGACAAGUUACAUAUGGAAGGGUUUCAGACAGUCAUUGAGUCCUGAGGAUAUCUGGGAAUUACCACAACACUUCAAGUCUGCUCAAGUUGUGCCAGAUUUCCAAGACCACUGGGAUUCAGAAAGUUUUAGAGUGCACCGAAAGAAUGAGUGUCUUAAGACAAAAAGUUUCUUACAAGAUGUGUCAGAGCAGACGUCACUUCUGGCAGCAGACGUCCAGAAGGAAGUGAAACACAAGCCUUCACUGUGCCGGACAUUGUUUAAAACCUACGCCCCUGACCUGCUGAGGGCUCACGCCAUUAGGCUUGUGGCAGACACACUGUUGUUUGUGUUACCUGUACUCACCAACCAGCUGAUCAACUUUGUCCAGACAAAGAAGGAUCACAUCAAGUGGCACGGUUAUGCUCUGGUGGUUUGUUUUUUUCUGGUGGCAUUUAUCUACUCGCUGCUCUUCAACCAGAACUCUUAUAGGGGAGCUAAUGUUGGAAUGAAAGUAAGAACUGCUUUAAUAGCUGCUGUGUAUAAAAAGUCUCUGGCUAUGAACACUGAAACCAAGAGAAAGUACACCAUUGGUAAAAUUAUGAACCUGAUGGCCAUAGACUGUCAGAUACUGCAGGAUGUGACCUCUAAUCUGUACAUUGUGACCUCCGCCCCGUUCCAGAUUAGCAUAGCUUUCUACUUCCUGUACAGAACUUUGGGAGUUUCCUCCCUUGCUGGUGUAGUUCUAAUAAUAGCACUGAUCCCACUGAAUGCUAAGAUCUUAAUUCUGGCCAAGAGAAUUCAGUGGAAACAGCUGGAUGUUAAGGAUGAAAGAAUUCGACUGAUGAAUGAGAUCUUGACUGCUAUAAAGGUGGUGAAAAUGUACACAUGGGAGAAUUCAUUCGUCCACAAGGUCAGGUCCUUGAGAUCAAGGGAGAUGACUCUACUGAAGUCUGCAGCCAUACUGAAUGUGAUCAAUGUCUUCACCUGGCUCUGUUCCCCUGUGUUGAUGACAACAGUUACUUUUAUUAGCUGUAUCUAUGCCUCAAGUCAUCGAAGCUUUGAUUCCAACACUGCCUUUGUUUCGCUUAUCCUGUUCAACAUUUUGGCCAACCCCAUGAACAAACUGGCAGCUAUAAUAUCAGAUCUCAUCUCAGUCCAUGUAUCUAUAAGUAGGAUUGAAGAGUACCUUUGCAGUCCAGACCUUAACACUAAUGUAAUUUCUAAGGAAAACGUCAAUGAGAAAUCUUGCUAUGAGGGUCAAGGUCGAAAUCUGCACCUCCGAUCUGGCAAAAAUGCAGUCACUAUUUCAAAUGGAACUUUUUACUGGGAUAAAACAAUGCCACCUGUGCUAAAAAGUAUAGACUUGACAAUCCCUGAAGGCAAGCUUGUUGCUGUUGUGGGCCAGAUGGGUGCAGGGAAAUCUUCUUUGUUGUCUGCCAUUCUUGGUGAGAUGGAGAAAACUGCAGGGGAGGUUACUGUCAGGGGCAGUGUGGCAUAUGUGCCCCAGCGGGCAUGGAUACAAAAUAAAACAAUAAAACAGAACAUAAUAUUUGAGCAGCAUUACAAUAACUCCCGUUACUCCAGAGUGUUGAAAGCUUGUGCUUUAAAACACGACCUGGAGGUUUUAAAUGGAGGUGAAAAUGCUGAAAUUGGAGAACAUGGCACCAACCUAAGUGGAGGACAGAAACAACGCAUCUCACUGGCCCGAGCUGUGUACAGCGAUGCUAGCGUGUAUUUGUUUGAUGAUCCACUCAGUGCUGUAGACACCCUAGUAGGCAAACACAUCUUUAAGAACGUCAUCAGCAACAGUGGGCUACUCAAGCAUAAGACCCGUGUUCUGGUGACCCAUGGUGUCCACUGGCUUCCCAUGGUAGAUCAGAUCAUUGUCCUACACUGGGGUCAUGUCCUGCAGACAGGAAGCUAUGAGGACCUGUUGAGGAGAGAUGGGCCUUUUGCUCAAUUUCUUAAAAAUUACUUGCUGGACGAUGAUGAGGUCACUGACCCUGAAAUCAGUUUCAUCCGGAAUGAAAUGUGGAAGAGAGUUGACAGUGUCACUUCUGAUGGACUCACGUCUGCUGAUGAGGAAGAAAGACCAAGGAGGCAACGAAGAGUCAGACGCCAAAGUUUUAUAGAUUCAGUCACGCAUUCAUCAAAGUUUGAAGGACAAAGUGGUGAAUCUAUUUUAAGCAAGCCAGAAAAUCUGUUGGUUGAAGAAGAGAAAUCAGAAACCGGAAAGGUGAAAUUUUUUGUCAUCUGUCAUUUCUUAAAAGCAUUUGGACCUUGGUUUGCACUGAUGCUGCUGUUUCUGUUGCUGGGUUACCAGAGUGUUGGUGUGGGGGCCAGCAUCUUAUUGUCCAUCUGGACAGAUGACCCUUGUCUGAGGAACAAAACCUUGGUGGACACAGAUCUGUAUAGGUCAAGGACUUUCACCUAUGUAUUGGUGUACAGUGCUCUUGGCUUUGUCCAAGCAUUGUGUGCCCUUGGAUUUGUAAGCACCAUUUAUCUGAGAAUGGUCGAGGCCUCAAAGCAUCUUCACGAUGACCUCCUAGAGAAUAUCAUGCACCAGCCAAUGAAAUUCUUCGACACAACGCCAGUGGGGAGGAUCCUGAACAGGUUCUCUAGAGAUGUGGACAUGGUAGAUAGCACGAUGCCGCGAUUGGUCAGGAUGUUCAGCCAGCAACUGUUUACUGUCUUGAGUGUGGUGGUUGUCAUCUCGUACACCACCCCAUUGUUUGUGGCGGCUAUCUUUCCUGUGGUCAUCAUUUAUUAUUUACUUCAGAAACUUUACAUUCCAACUUCUAGACAGCUGCGACGAAAUGAAUCGACCACACGUUCACCAAUUUAUUCUCACUUUAACGAAACCCUGACUGGCGUAAGCACCAUCCGAGCAUUUAAUGCUGUCGACAGGUUUUCUAGGGAGUCACAGAAAAGAGUUGACGUCAACAAUGCUUAUAUUUACACUUUCACUUCAGCUAGCAGAUGGAUCCGCAUUAGACUGGAGCUGUUGGGUAAUGUGAUAGUGGCAUCAGCAGCCUUGUUGGCUGUAGUGACAGACAGUUUGACUGGAAGUCUUGUAGGAUUGUCCAUCUCAUAUGCUCUUCAGGUGACCAGCUCCUUGAAUGAACUGGUACAGAAUGCCACUCAGCUAGAGAGUAAUGUUGUGUCAGUGGAGAGGAUUGUUGAGUACUCCAUGCUGCCACAAGAGCCAUCUUGGAAAAGUUACACACAACUGAGAUCUGAUUGGCCAAGCAGAGGUGACAUCACCUUUCAGUCAUACAGUACCAGAUACAGACCUGACCUUGACCUAGUUUUGCUCAACAUCAACUGUCACAUCAAAGGUGGAGAAAAGAUUGGUAUUGUAGGUAGAACAGGUGCCGGCAAGUCUUCAAUAUCUAUGGCACUGUUCCGCAUGAUUGAAUCAGCAGAAGGUAGCAUCAUAAUCGAUGGAAUAGACAUUGCUGAGGUUGGACUUCAUGACCUAAGAUCAAGAAUAACAAUCAUCCCACAGGAUCCAGUGCUGUUUUCUGGCACUCUUCGAUUCAACCUUGACCCAUUUAACGUGUACUCUGACACUGAAAUCUGGACGUGCCUGGAGCAUGCCAAACUGAAGAGCAUAGUCCUUGACCUUCCUGGAGGCCUGUUGUAUGUUUGUGAAGAUGGAGGCCACAAUCUCAGUGUUGGUCAGAGACAGCUUGUUUGUUUGGCCAGAAGCCUCUUGAGGAAGAACAAGAUUUUAAUCCUAGACGAGGCUACGGCAGCUGUGGAUCUGGAGACGGAUGGGCUCAUCCAGGAAACCAUCCGGCUGUGCUUUAAAAACUGCACGGUGCUCACUGUGGCACAUAGAAUUAACACCAUAAUGGAUUAUGACAGGAUUCUUGUGUUAGCCAAUGGGAGUAUAGCAGAGUAUGGUACAGUGGAAACUCUCCUCACCAACAAAGGAUCAACAUUUUAUGGGAUGGUCAAGGAGGCAAAUCUUCUCCCAUACAGAGCAGGUUAGGUAAAACUUGAUGUUGGUGGGGAAAAAAAGUUUGUUAAUGUCAAGAAUUGAUCAAGUCAUCCUGGUCUUUUAACAUGUUUUACCUUUAUACAUUUUUUUUUUAUCCUUCGUAUGGAUUUAAAGAUUGUCAUUUUAAUUAGUUAAUGUAACCAGCUUUUUGCUGAAACAAACUUCUAGAAAAUAACUUCUGAAUUGUAGGCCAACUUAAUUUACUUGUUAUGGUCUAAAAAUAGAUAUGUUUAUUACUUUUAAAGAAAAGUAAAUACUGAAUUGUUGUUACAGCUGAUAGUAAAAUCUGUUUUAAGAAAUGUAUUGAUUUGUUCUCUGAAGACAUUUUAAAAAAAACAAUGUGAUAUCAUUAGGCUGAGAGCCAACUUUUAAAACAUGUUUUAGAAAAAAACACCUGUUUUUUUAAUGCAAUAUUUUUUUUAUUUUUUUUUUUAUUUAUUUUAUUUUUUUCUCAUUUAGUUUGUGAGGGCACUGAUACCAUUUGCCUAUUUAUUAUCAUGUGUGGUAUAUGCUAUGGAAAAUGUGCUUUAAAUGUCAAAAUGUUGGUGUAUGCUUUGCAUGUUAAAAUUUUGGUAUAUGUUUUGUUAAAAUGUUGUUUUAACCUUUAAAAGAAAAAUGGUAGGCCUACAUGCUAGUAUAGAAUGAUAGUAAAAAUAAGCAAAUUUUGUCAAGACUUGUGUAAAAUCCAGUGGUUGUUACAUUUUUAUAGCUAUGUACAAGCUGCUGUAAUAAAAAUGACAGUGAAGGCACCUUUUGAUAAAACUUUUAAAAUUUCCUUUAUUAAAAUUGACAAAAUUAUAUGAAAGAAAAUUUGACUUUUUUUUAAAUUUAAAAAUUGUGUGCACAUUUGUUGAUAAAAAUAAUCUUUAAGCGCUACAAGUGUAAUAUUUUAAGCAAAUAAGCGGAAUUGUGAAUCACAAAACAUUAAACCAAUUUAAUCCAUAUUUUACAUAAAUUGAUUUAUCAGUUGAUCUUAUAAGUGUGGAUGCUUUUUAUUAGAAUGAGGUAUAGUCAACCUUUUUAAAGUUCUAAAAUUUGAACUUAAAACAUGUUUUUAGUUUUCCUCUUUAUUUUUUGUUUACUCCACAAUGUAUGAAUGGCCAUGAGUCCAAGUUUUUAAACUCAGUUUACAUUGUUC